AUGGCGGCUCUCUACAGCAUCUUGGCGCACCGAGCAGCACGGGGGGCUUCGCGACUUCACAAUAAGGUCCUGGGUGUAACCGUCCCCUCUGCUGACCGCCGUACCGCAGUUUACAGCUUUUCGCGGAUCCCGCGGGAGUCUGCGCAUCAGUUUCCGCCCGUUCGCCAUGUUUUUCCGUUCCGCUUCCGCCAAUUCUCAGCUUCCGCCGCCAGCAGCGCCCCCGGAACCCUUCCGCCCCCCGCUUCCCCCACUGCGCCGCCGUCCCCGUCCCUCUCCGCCUCCCCUUCGCCGUUGCGCUCUCACGGGGAAGGGAUGGUUCUUGAAAGGGCGGCGAUUUCCACGGCGGAAUUCACGGCGCAUUUCAUGGACGGGGGAGUGGAGGAGGUGUUGGAGUCGCGUUUCAUCCACGUGGCCGCUACUGCCACGCCAGCCGCAUCCGCGUCGUUCUGGCCGGGAACGGGCCAGCAAAUCAGCGCGCGCCACGUGGCAGGGCUGCGCGACGGACAGCCCUCUGCUUCGUUUAGCGCCGGCGGGCGCGGCGAGUUAAGGGGCGCGGAUGUGAAAGACGACGGGAGCACAGGCGGAGGGGAGGGGCGCGCGGAAGUGCUCGAAGGCGGAGGGGAAUCGGGGGAACGGGGGGAGGCGUUGGGUGAAAAAAGCCGCGCACCAGUGGAGGAAUCUGCGCCCAGCCUUCAAUCAGAGCGCAAUGCUGACAAAACCGCCAGCUGCCCGCACGCUGCGACGGGAUUGGUUGAGGCGGGCGGUGGGAAGGUGGUGAACGCGAUGGGGAUGAGAGUGAGGGUUAAAGCUGAUGCGGAACAAACCGGGGGGUCUUAUAGUGUGCUGGAGUAUGAGGUCCCGGCAGGGGAGGGGACGGAGGAGCACAUUCACACGCGCGAGCACGAGGCAUGGUUUCUGCUGGACGGGCAGAUGACAUGGACCAUCGAAAAAGAGACCUACAAAGCCUUUCCGGGCAGCUUCAUGCACAUGCCUCUUGGCCGGGCGCAUUCUUUCCGAAACAAUUCUGACCGCCCUGCCCGAAUGCUGGUGGUCUGUAUGCCGGGCGGGCUGGAGAAAUAUUUUUUGGAGAUUGGAGAUCCCGAGGGGGCAGCUGGACACACAUCUGAGCAGUCACCUGGCAGUGCUGUGCAUAAGCCCGUGGUGGAGCAGGCAAAGCUGCAGAAUGCCAUGAAGAAAGCGAUGCUAUACGGUCUAGUGUACCCCAAAGGUGGAGCUUCUUAG